AGGUAUAGUACCACUAAAAGUUGAUAGACGCAUGAUUUCUCAAAUUUUGAUGAAGCAGCGUGUGAACCAGUAACAGAUUGUUUUAGAAAUGGAUGAGCUAACAGAAGCUCUUGCCACUAGUUUCUCUGUGAGUACAGAUCCUAACAGUACAGCUGCACCACAUCCCAGGUUUUCCGAGUAUAAAAAGAAAACGAGUAAUGCAGAUCAAGAUGCCAGAAGAAAAGAAAUUCUUGAACAGCAGAGAAAUCGGAGAUUUGACUACGCAAAUCAUGCGCGACGAUUGGUUGAUGAUGUUUGGGACAGUGCUGAUGAUCUUGAUGAUGAUGAUGGACAAGUGGCUAUGGAUGAAUCACAAGCACCAGUCAAAAAAGCGUAUAAACCAGGACGAUACUAUCGUAAUCAGUUGAUGUUAUCAGAAUGGAUGGUUGAAGAACCGGAUGAUUUUGAGGAAGACUGGUUGAUGGUGAUGUGCCCAUGGGGCAAAAGAUGUCUUGUUGUUUCAGCCAGGGGUGCUACAACAGCAUAUGGUAGGAAUGGAUACAGAGUCAACUCAUUUCCUUCACAACUUCCUGGAGGUAACAGACAUCAGAAGGGAAGAUAUAAGGAAAAUGCCAUAUUGGAUUGCAUAUAUCAUGAAAUAGAGAAAACAUUCUAUGUGCUGGACAUCAUGAAUUGGAAGGACCACCCUGUUUAUGAUAGUGAGACUGACUUUCGUUUUUUCUGGAUGAUGAGCAAAAUGCAGGAGAUUCCAGAGGUAGGGGAAGUCAGCAAAUUGAAUCCAUACAAAUUUAUACCACUUCAGUAUCAUAGCUGUAAGAAAGAGAAUCUAGAAGAGUUAUUUAAAUCAACAACAACACAGUUUGAUGGUUGUCUAUUCUACCACAAGCAAGCCCACUACACGUUUGGUGCAUCUCCUUUAGUUGUUUGGCUAAAACCGUACAUGGUCGGAGAACUGCUCGGCAUUGAAAUUCCAGAUUGUAUGUUGCAACAGAAACCGGCUAAUUAUUCUACGUAUGCUGCGCACAUGCAACAGGUGAAGGACAGGAAAGAGCACUUUGCGAAGGAGCUUGAGGAAAAGAAAGCGCAUAGGAAACAGAAACGUGGACAAGAUCGAUCAAAACAAUUUAAGAUGGAUCUGAUGGAAUCCAAAUGGUUCACAGGAAUACCAGAGAAUUUUGAAACAGAUUGGUGUACAGUAGCAUGUCCUGUAGGGAAAAGAUGCCUAGUCAUGGCUAUAGAUGGAGAGACAAAGUCAUUUAGUAAGAAAGGUUUUAAGAUACCUGGCUAUUUCUUGUCGGUGUUGCCAGGUGGAAAUGGUACAGAGUAUGGAUUUGGUCCUACAGUUGUGACUCUACUUGAUUGUUUGUUCCAUGAAGAGAUGAUGACCUAUUUUAUUCUGGACUGUAUAAUGUGGGCAUCGAAUGAUGUAAAAGACUUCCCGUAUAUGGACAGAAUGAAGUUUGUGAAAAGAGAAAUUUCAAAAAGACCGGAAUUUAAAAAUAUAACUGACCUUAAUAUGUAUAAGUUUGUGCCACUGUAUCAGUAUGACUGUUCAUUAGAAGGUAUUGAUUUGUGCAUGAGGCAGACAACAUUUGAGAUUGAUGGACUCUUAUUCUUUAAGAAGGAUAUCAAGUACAGGUCAGAAAGCACGUCGGAUAUACUGUGGAUAAAGCCAUAUAUUUUACCAGACGUCUUUGAAGGCAUAGCAGUACCAAAAAGACUUAUGGCAGAAAAGCCUGACACAUACACCGAUUUUAAUACAUUCAUUGACGAUGUUGAACAUGGUAGAAUUAAAAGUAAAAAAAUUAAAACCAAAAAAUCCAAAGACUUUAAUCUGAAUGUUAAACUAAAUUUACCUCCACCAGUAGAGCCUGCCAGCAAGGGAGGUAAGAAAAAUAAGAAGAAGCAGACACAGUCCCAGGGUCAAGGUUAUAGACAAGGAGCAAACCAAAAUCGGCCAGUAUACAGGGAAAGUCAGGCUGUAAAAGGAAGUGGAGGUAAACAGAACAACAGUUAUUCACAGCUACUAGCUGGAGGUGAGCAAGGUCAUGGUCAGGCUAUUUAUGGUAAAGGAAAGUUCACAGGGCAUAGUUACUAUGGUGACGAGAGAGACUAUUACUAUCCAGACCCAGGUUAUGGAUCAGACAUGAGGGCUAGAAGAGGGCAAGGAAUGGCUGAGAUGGAAUCAGCUGUUCCAUAUAACAGCAGACGACAGUUAAAUAAUAAAGGUCAUAUGGCAACAUCACGACAACCUCCUCCUACUUCUAUAUCUUCUGUGUUGGUCACUGUCAUACACUUAGAGAAUGUUAUCAGUUGUAUUAUUCCUGAUCUAGGAAAUGUGAUAGCAGCUUUAUUAUUGUCAACUUUAGCAGCAGCCCAAGGUGAAGGAUGUCACUGUCUUGUUCAAAAUAGGGCACCAAAUGAAUUAUUAACAUAUUAUGUGAUAAAUUUUCCAGAAAAUGCCAUAUUGGAUUGCAUAUAUCAUGAAAUAGAGAAAACAUUCUAUGUGCUGGACAUCAUGAAUUGGAAGGACCACCCUGUUUAUGAUAGCGAUACUGACUUUCGUUUUUUCUGGAUGAUGAGCAAAAUGCAGGAGAUUCCAGAGGUAGGGGAAGUCAGCAAAUUGAAUCCAUACAAAUUUAUACCACUUCAGUAUCAUAGCUGUAAGAAAGAGAAUCUAGAAGAGUUAUUUAAAUCAACAACAACACAGUUUGAUGGUUGUCUAUUCUACCAUAAGCAAGCCCACUACACGUUUGGUGCAUCUCCUUUAGUUGUUUGGCUAAAACCGUACAUGGUCGGAGAACUGCUCGGCAUCGAAAUUCCAGAUUGUAUGUUGCAACAGAAACCGGCUAAUUAUUCUACGUAUGCUGCGCACAUGCAACAGGUGAAGGACAAGAAAGAGCGCUAUGAGAAGGAGCUUGAGGAAAAGAAAGCGCAUAGGAAACAGAAACGUGGACAAGAUCGGUCAAAACAAUUUAAGAUGGAUCUGAUGGAAUCUAAAUGGUUCACAGGAAUACCAGAGAAUUUUGAAACAGAUUGGUGUACAGUAGCAUGUCCUGUAGGGAAAAGAUGCCUAGUCAUGGCUAUAGAUGGAGAGACAAAGUCAUUUAGCAAGAAAGGUUUUAAGAUACCUGGCUAUUUCUUGUCGGUGUUGCCAGGUGGAAAUGGUACAGAGUAUGGAUUUGGUCCUACAGUUGUGACUCUACUUGAUUGCUUGUUCCAUGAAGAGAUGAUGACUUAUUUUAUUCUGGACUGUAUAAUGUGGGCAUCGAAUGACGUAAAAGACUUCCCGUAUAUGGACAGAAUGAAGUUUGUGAAAAGAGAAAUUUCAAAAAGACCAGAAUUCAAAAAUAUAACUGACCUUAAUAUGUAUAAGUUUGUGCCACUGUAUCAGUAUGACUGUUCAUUAGAAGGUAUUGAUUUGUGCAUGAGGCAGACAACAUUUGAGAUUGAUGGACUCUUAUUCUUUAAGAAGGAUAUCAAGUACAGGUCAGAAAGCACGUCGGAUAUACUGUGGAUAAAGCCGUAUAUUUUACCAGACGUCUUUGAAGGCAUAGCAGUACCAAAAAGACUUAUGGCAGAAAAGCCAGACACAUACACCGAUUUUAAUACAUUCAUUGACGAUGUUGAACAUGGUAGAAUUAAAAGUAAAAAAAUUAAAACCAAAAAAUCCAAAGACUUUAAUCUGAAUGUUAAACUAAAUUUAAACCUCCACCAGUAGAGCCUGCCAGCAAGGGAGGUAAGAAAAAUAAGAAGAAGCAGACGCAGUCUCAGGGUCAAGGUUAUAGACAAGGAGCAAACCAAAAUCGGCCAGUAUACAGGGAAAGUCAGGCUGUAAAAGGAAGUGGAGGUAAACAGAACAACAGUUAUUCACAGCU